AUGGGCAUCCUCCAGUCUAUACUCGCCGUCGGAGCGAUCCUGCUGACCGCAGUAUUCGUGCGCCGGAGAUAUUUCUCUCCUUUGAGCGACAUCCCCGGUCCCUUUGCGGCCUCAUUCUCGGCCUCGCUCUGGCAAAUCCUUCACAUUCUCAAAGGACACAUCGAAGUGGCCGUUAUCGAGGAGCAUCGAAGAAACGGCAAGUUCGUUCGCAUUGGCUACAACGAGGUGUCAAUAUGCGAUGCUGCCGCUAUUCGCAUGGUCCUCAUGUCACACAUGGACAAGGGUCCAACCUAUGCCAUCUUCAGUAUGCCAGACAAGCGAUACGUCAAUCAAAUGGCGGAGUUAGGCUUCAAAGAGCACACCCGGAAAGCCAAAAACCUGGCCGCGGGGUACAGUCUCACCAACGUGAUCAAGACGGAGCCGUAUAUCGAUAAUGCUCUGCAGCUCCUACGUAGCCAACUCGGAUGUCUCGGAUCUCUUAAGCAGCCAGUUUAUUUUGAACAUUGGUUUAAUUAUCUUGCUUUUGACGUCUUGGGCGAAGCCACCUUCUCUCAAAGCUUCGGCUUCUUGAAGACCGGAAAAGACCUGGGAAACACAGUCGCCAACAACGUCUUUCUACGUAUCUACAUUUCGAUUCUCGGUCACUUCCCGUGGGCCCAUGACUUGCUCCUCGCAAACCCUAUGAUCGAAUUCCUAAAUUUGACUCCAGCAAUGCACGUGUUCGAUACCUGCGUAGCCGCCAUCAAGUCUCGCUCCCAGAACACCGAGGUUCGGAGAGACAUGCUCGAGCAAUGGAAGAUCCAGCUCGCGAAACACCCUGAACGCAUGGACGAGAUUGAGAUCCUAACCAACGCGGUAGGAAACCUUGGUGCUGGCUCCGAUACCGUCUCUUCCGUGCUACAAGCCUUCGUGUAUCACAUGAUCCACGACCAGGAGAUGCUGACCCUUCUCCGGAAAGAGCUAGAUCAGGCUAGCCUAAGCGACGUCCCGACUUUCGAGGAGACGCAAAACCUACCCAUCUUCCAAGCCUGCAUCAAGGAAACUCUUCGAUUUCAUACACCCGUCGGCUUUGGUCUGACGAGAGUUGCCCCCGCGGAAGGAGUCACGGUCUGCAACCGCUUCUUCCCAGCCGGCACCAUCCUCUCCGUUAACCUCUGGGCCCUGCACCGCCUCCCAUCUCUCUUCGGCCUCGAUGCCGCGAUCUUCAACCCCCGCCGCUGGCUGAACCUCUCCCCCGCCCAAGCAUCAGCCAUGAACAGCAAUAUGGUAGCCUUCGGUGCAGGAUACAACCAGUGUCCCGGUCAAAACCUUGCCAAACUCGAGCUGUACAAGACGGCUGCCAUGAUGCUGCGGGACUUCGAUAUUGAGAUGGUCGAUCCGAAGAAGGAGUGGACCUAUGAGAAUUACUUUACAGUCGCGCCGCAUAGCUGGCCAUGCUUCGUAAAACGGCGCGAGGCGGGACCUGUUGCGGUCGACUAA